AUGUCUGCAUUUCUCGACAAGUUGAAGGUUUCGAAAAGCGAAGGAAUGUCUGGUUUGGGAGCAGACCAAGGCGCUUUGAGAGACAAACUGGAAGCUUCUGACUCGCUGACCUCCCACGCCGAAAAUGGGAAUGAGCCAGGAACCCGCGGCAGAGACGAAAUUGGCAGUGGCAAGGGUCAAGAGCUAGACCGAGUACCCAAUACCUUUGGAGGCCCGUCCUUUGGUCGGACCAGCACAAUCCCAAGGCACGAGUCCGAAGCACUGAACAAGGUGGACCCCCGAAUUGGGUAUGACGGCGAUGAGAUACGUCGGGAGGAGCUGAAGCAGUAUGAGUCCAAGUAUGGCGGACCCUCUGGUGAUAUCUCUGACACACACUUGCGUGGGACGGACAUGGCGGGUAUUGGCCCAGAUCAGAGUGUACUCGGCCAAAAACCCGACUUUCGAGAGAACCCGCAAGGGUAG